CCCUCUCCAAAAAGACCCUGCAUGCGCGAGCUCCCCCGCCACACGCACUUAUCUGCUAAAGGUGUUUCUGGAGAGAAAAAACACAACAUUAAAACAUACCCCCUACCCUAAAUCACGUGUUUUUGAUAAACCUAAAUGAGAUAUUGAAGGUGACCAGGAACAGCCUUGGGCAGAGGAGAUUCACUUUUCAUCCAACAGCAGACCCCCAAUUCCUCCAUGAUCUUACCCGACUGAGGCGAGACACUCCUGGGAAGUUGUCGAAGGAAAGCCGCCCCAUUAGAUACAAACAGGUUGAAUCAGCGUCGUUUCCAAGUUAUAAAAAAAGCCAAAGUGAUGACGUAGAAUCAACGUGAAAAACUGACUCGAUUUGCAAAAAGACAUCAAUGUAAGGGUAUUUCGUUUUUUUUUCACCCAAUUUUUUAACCUCAUUCAAAUGACAUGGUGCCAUUUUUUGUUGAUUUCAAGUUGAAUUCACGUUAGUUGACAACUCAACCAAAUGCAAAUCUAAACUAGACGUUGAAAUGACGUCUGUGCCCAGCGGGGCCUCGCCUCGGUUGUGACUGGCUGCGAGACGGGAAGAUACGGAGCGGUAGCCGGAGCGCAUAGGAGAGGAGCUAUAUAGGAUAGCCUCACCCUACAGACCAACUUGACUGGGCUUCAAACCACUGCGAGCCACAGCUACGUGAGGCGGAAAAGUUGUGAGGAAGAGCGGGAGAGAUGCCGACACCCAGCCCAGAAGAGUAGCCUAUGUUUCUCAAACCCCGGUUCGUAGACAUGGACCGAUACCAAUCGCUUGGAUAAUAGUGACCUUUCCGUCAGAUAGUUAGCUGACACCGGUUAAGUCAGUGAUGAAGUAAUGAUUCAAAUCAAACGGUGCUCCAAGUAGGAAGACGAGCAGAGCUGGAGAGAAGUGGAGACGCUGCGCUAGAGUGAUCAGUAACGAUACCAUGGACAGCGACUGAGAGCGUCACGCUCGCCCCGCUCUCUCACCUCAACCGAAAAAACGGUUUGGAAUUUGAAAAUGUUCAUGAAAUAUUGAAAAUACACUUUUUUGGGGAGAGAUGUAACAACGUUUCUCUCUCGGUUUGGAUUUUUUUCAGAACGAACCACGAAAAGAGAAGUAUUUUUAUCUUCGGACUUUUAUCCGUUCAUCUUUGGAAAUCGGUUCAAUCAUGUUAAUCUGUAGGCUUUUUCUUCUCGCUGUCUUUUAAGUUUCAAAUACAUCGGAAUUUGAAUUUCCACUAAAGAUUCCUUGAGAAUGUGCACUUAAAGCCAGGUCUGAAGGUCUCCUCCUUUUCCCUCUCCUCUCCUCUCCUCUCCUCUCCUCUCCUCUCCUCUCCUCUCCUCCCCUCCCCUACACACCCUACAUCCACAAUGGAGCCUCUGGACAGGACAGGCUGGACACCGCUCUCUGGUGACCCCAACGCCUCCACUCCCAACCUGGGGUAUCACUUCUCCUACCCUGAUUCUGGUCCUGCAACCCCGUCCUUCCCCUCCCCAUCCUUCUUCCCCAGUUCCUCCUCCAACGUGUCCAGUCAGAGUGUCCCGUUCCAGGGCAGCAGUACCCUGAUGACUGCGGUCAUCUCCCUGAGCGUGUUCGUGGUCGGCCUGAUCGGUAACACCCUGGCCAUCUACGUGGUGCUGCGCUACGCCAAGAUGAAGACCGUCACCAACAUCUACAUCCUGAACCUGGCGGUCGCAGACGAACUGUACAUCCUGGGACUUCCCUUCCUCACCACCCAGAACGUUCUCUCCUACUGGCCGUUCGGCUCCUUCCUGUGUCGCGUGCUGAUGACCGCUGACUCCAUGAGCCAGUUCACCUCCAUCUUCUGUCUGACCGUGAUGUCUAUCGACCGCUACCUGGCCGUGGUCCACCCCAUACGGUCUACAAAAUGGCGGCGACCGCGAGUGGCGAAGGUGGUGAGCGCCGCGGUGUGGGCGUUGUCGUUGGUGGUCGUCCUGCCCGUGGUCGUGUUCUCCGGCGUUCAGGACACGUUCAACUCGUGUAACAUUAGCUUGCCGGAGCCGCAGGACGUGUGGUCGACCGUGUUUAUACUGUACACGGCUACGCUGGGGUUCUUCGGGCCCCUCCUGGUCAUCUGUCUCUGCUACCUGCUCAUCGUGGUCAAGGUGAAGUCUUCCGGUGUGCGGGCGGGCUUCACCAAGCGUCGGCGAUCAGAGCGUAAGGUGACCCGUAUGGUGGUGAUCAUCGUGGUGGUCUUCGUCCUCUGCUGGCUCCCCUUCUUCAUCAUCAACAUCAUCAACCUCAUCAUCAUCAUCCCAGAGUCCUCCGCGACCGCCGGCGUCUACUUCUUCUCUGUCAUCCUGUCCUAUGUUAACUCCUGUGCCAACCCUUUGCUCUAUGGCUUCCUGUCAGACAACUUCAGACAGAGCUUCAGAAAGGUUCUGUGCGUACGGAAGGCCAACGGCGUGGAGGAUGGUGACCCCAGCGCCCCGAGGAUAGAGAAGACUAGAGAGACGACUAGAGACGACUCCUUCCUGUCGCCUAGGAACCACGAUGGACACAACGGACACACAUCAGAGAAUAGCCAGGCCGUCCAAUUGGAGCCUUGUGGUAGCCCAGGGGAGGAGACAAGGCCCUCAGGGCCCACUGUGAUUGGCAUGUCCUCGCUUUAAACUCUCCUGAUUGGCCAGUCCACGGUUUGAAGUCUCUCUCUCUCUGCCUACUGAAGGUGUCUCCUCACAUUCCGGCCACACCCACUUCUCACACCACUGCAGACCUGCACCCUCCCCCACACGAGGCCCCUCCCCUGACCCCGAUCCAGGCACCGCCACCACCGUAACGACCACGUCAACCCCGCCCAUCAUCACGGCACCCACCAUUGCCAUCGCUGCCGCCACGCCCCCCGCCAUGAACUCUGAACUCUUACUUCAUUCACAAACAGGAAGGGGAAAAAGAAGGCUAGUGAGUUCUCUUGCUGUGUAUGUGGAAACUGUUGAACCUGAAAAGGGCUGAGGAGGAAGAGGUGGAGAGAGGAGGGGACACUGUUAGAGGAGAAGGAGAGGAGGAGGAGGUAGAGAGAGGAGGUGACACUGUUAGAGGAGAAGGAGAGGAGGAAGAGGUGGAGAGAGGAGGAAGAGGUAGAGAGAGGAGGUGACACUGUUAGAGGAGAAGGAGAGGAGGAAGAGGUGGAGAGAAGAGGUGACACUGUUAGAGGAGAAGGAGAGGAGGAGGAGGUAGAGAGAGGAGGUGACACUGUUAGAGGAGAAGGAGAGGAGGAAGAGGUGGAGAGAGGAGGAAGAGGUAGAGAGAGGAGGUGACACUGUUAGAGGAGAAGGAGAGGAGGAAGAGGUGGAGAGAGGAGGUGACACUG